UUGAGCCAAGACGCCUGCCAGAGUUUAGCAAUGUCUAGUGAGUGCAGAGAAGGGGGGGAAAUCUCCGCUCCAAAAGUCCCUUUCCCCAUCUGUUUCCCAUCUCGUCUCAUUCCUCUUUCCGAGGCGAAAGGGUCGGCUGCAUCUUCCCUUUGUGGGCCAGACUCCACAGGAGAAGCCGAGGGUGAGCUUCCACCGGGAGAGACAUCCAACCAUUCCUUUCGAAGGACAAAGACGAAGGGAGAAAGCUUUAUCGAUCAGGAAAGAUGUGGUGGCUUGGUGUGGCUUUCCUCCUGAGUGUCUUGCCAAGGGCGCACGCAGAAACCUAUACGUCCAUGCUGAGCAUCCAUCAGGCGAUGGAGACCGAAGGACAACUGCUUCGGAGUUUGGACUCUUACCUGGAUCAAGAGGCCAAGCGGCUCCAAGACCUCCGCAGAUUCUAUGAGAAGAUCCAAGCCUUGCACCAAGGGGCGGGCAAGACGGUGGCCAACCCUUUGCUGGCGUAUGCCCUGAUCAAGAGGUUGCAGUCGGAUUGGCUGAACGUGGUCUACAGCGUGGAGGCGAGCGAGAACAGCCAAGCACUCAAGAAUGACUACCGGAGACUGGAGGAGGACCUCCCUGCCUUCGAGGACCUGGAAGGUGCAGCGCGAGCCGUGAUGCGCUUGCAGGAUGUCUACUCUUUGAGUGUCAAAGACUUGGCCAAAGGAAGGUUCCGGAGAAACAGCAACGUGCCCCUUGCCGAUAUAUACAGCCCUGGACAGGACUUCCCUUUGUCGGCUGACGACUGCUUCCAGAUUGGCAAGGUUGCGUAUGACAUGGAAGAUUAUUACCAUUCCAUUUUGUGGAUGGAGGAAGCCGCCAGCCUUUUCCGUGUCUCCUACGGAAACUGGAACACAGAAGACGAGGGAAGCCUUGAAGACGCUUUGGACCAUUUGGCCUUCUCCUAUUUUAAGGCAGGAAACAUUUCUCAUGCCUUAAGCCUCUCCCAAGAAUUCCUCCACUAUGAUCCGAGCAACAAGAGGAUGGCCAGGAAUGUCUUAAAAUACGAGAAGCUUUUGGUAGCCAAACCCAAUGAUGAGAACGAAGAAGUGGCUCUUCAGAGGCCCAACGUGACCCACAUCGAAACCAGAGACACUUACGAAUGGUUGUGCCAGACUUUGGGCUCUCAGCCAAGCCAUUACGAGAGCCCCAGCUUGACCUGCUCUUUCGAGACGAAUGGGGACCCGCUGCUGUUUCUCCAGCCGCUGAAAAGGGAAGUUGUCCACCUGAAGCCCUACCUGGCCCUUUACCACGACUUCGUCAGCGACUCCGAAGCUGAGACCCUCAAAGCCUUGGCCGCCCCUUUGUUACAGAGAUCGGUGGUUGCCUCCGGAGAAAAGCAACAGGAAGCAGACUAUCGAAUCAGCAAAAGUGCCUGGCUGAAAGACACCUUGGACCCAGUGAUCUUGGCACUGGAUCGCCGGAUCGCAGCCCUUACUGCCUUGAACGCCCAACAUCCUUACGCAGAAUACCUGCAAGUGGUGAACUAUGGGUUGGGGGGACACUACGAACCCCAUUUUGACCACGCCACAUCAAGACAAAGUCCCCUUUACAGACUGAAAUCCGGAAACCGAAUAGCCACUUUGAUGAUUUAUCUGAGUUCGGUGGAAGCUGGUGGAUCCACAGCCUUCAUCUACGCGAACCUUAGCAUCCCUGCCGUCAAGAACGCAGCUCUGUUUUGGUGGAACCUCCAUAGGAACGGAGACGGGGACGACGACACGCUCCAUGCUGGAUGCCCGGUCCUUGCUGGAGACAAAUGGGUGGCCAACAAAUGGUUCCAUGAACACGGGCAGGAGUUUCGAAGGCCGUGCGGCACUGACUCAGACGACUAGCGAAACCCAGAGCCUUGCAUUCAGAUGCCAAAAAAUCUCAAAAUUGCAACUGGUAGGGAAAGAGGAUCCGUGAAUUCUUCUCCUUCUUCCCAUCCUGAUGCAGCCAUGCCUGGAGGGACCACCUGGGAGGCCGAGAAGCGUCCAAAAGCAUGUCUUGGCAAGCUUUGGCGCAGGCAUUUAUUUAAAGAGAGAGCUGUCAGGUGCGGAGAACGAAGAGACCGGUCUCCUGAGCAGGAGAGAACGGAGCGACUGGUAGUCCAACAGAUAGACUGAGAAGCCUUCUUCUAUCUAUCCCAGGGAAUACAUACCUGGGACCAUACCUGGAGAGACCAGUAUCUGUUUAUGGGGAGUCUUAAAGACCCCAAAAAGCACAAGAGCUCGACUGAUCCUGGAUGCUAAGCAGGGUCGGCCUUGGUUAGGACUCGGAUGGGAGACCGCCAGCACAAUUUUUGUAUACAACUCCCAGGAUUGCAUAGCAUGGAGCCAGGUGUUGCAACUCAGGAUAGAUUCACCUUGCUCAAGACUCCACCACACACCAAGGCUGUAGGUUUUGUAGUUGAUUGAGGAAAAAGUAAAAUCAAAAACAUAGAAGUAAAGUUGCAAAUGUUCAGUAGCCAAAAUGGCAAAGUUUCCAAGAUUCCAAGGCAAAUAACAUGAAGUUACACAAGAAUCCAUGGCAGCAUGACAAGGUCCCCCAAAAAUCAAGAUCAAAACCAAAGUCCCAAAGAGCUAGAAGCUUUCCCCAAAAGCCGAGGUAAUUUCAGAGAAGUUAACAGGGUGUAAGCAACAUUGUGGUGUUGGAGGAAAGUGCUGAGAGUGCCUUGGACUGCGAGAAGAUCCAACCAGUCCAUCCUCCAGGAAAUAAAGCCCGGCUGCUCACUGGAGGGAAGGAGACUAGAGACAAAG